AUGGCCGCCACCCCAGCAGAAUCCAGAAUCCAAUCCCUAAAACUCCGCUACUGCCGCUACGUCGACACCCAGCAAUUCCCCCGCCUAACCUCCCUCAUCCUCCCCUCUUGCACCUUCAAUUUCAUCGACUACUUCUCCUCCUCUCCCAUCGUCGAACCGUCCGCCUCCGGGCCCGUGACACUCGGGUUUGACUCCCUGGCGUCCUGGACCUCUUACUUCUCCGAGAAAUUCAAAGGCCUCCGGACGAUGCAUUUGAUUUCGGGCGCGGGGGAGUUCACGAAGAUCAGCGAGGAUGAAUAUGAGGUUAUUUUUCCGGCGAUUUAUCAUGCGGCGCCGAAGGAGGGGGAGACGGGGUGGCAGGGGGCUGGCGGGGGACAUUAUUAUGAGAGGUGGGUGAGGAAGGGGAAGGAGGGAGGGGAGGGGGAACAAGGGGAGGAUUGGUAUAUGAAGAGUUUGAGGUUUGAGAGGUUGUAUUGGAAGUAUGUGGAGUGA